UCCUAAACCGGAAGCUCCUCCUACAAAUGCCGUGACAUGCUAGAGUGUGACAGAGAAACGCGGAAACUACUAAGAAAUUGCAGUGACUGCCGAAUUAAUGCCGAACAGUUUGCUUGUAAAUUACACCUGUGAGGGUUUACCCUGUGAAAACUGAAGGGUCCACAAAAUGUAUUCUGAAGGUGGCUCCUUUAUGAAAGGGAUGCUGCUGGGAGGCAUCUUCUGUAUUGUUGCUACUCUUCUAAGCAGUUUCAACUUUGGACACCAGCAGCACACAGAUCACCACAACCACCACCACGUCAAUGCUCCAAGCAAGGAGGAACUCUUAAGGCUGCCAGAACACAAACGCAUAGAGCUAAGCCAAAAUAUUAGAGUGUACUGUGUCAUUCUUGUGGAACCUAAAGAAUUGGCUUAUUGGGCUGCUGUCAGGGAGACGUGGAGUAAACAUUGUGACAAGGCGGAGUUCUACAGUUCUGAGGAAGUGAAAGUUUUUGAGUCUGUAAGUGUUGAAACAAAAGAUCCAUGGAUAAUGUUAAGGAAAGCUCUUAAACACGCAUUUGACAAUGCCAAAGAUCAUAAGUGGUAUUUCAUUGCACGUCCAACUACGUUUGCAAUUAUUGAGAACCUGAAAUAUCUUCUGCUGAAUAAGGAUCCUGAUCAGCCAUUUUACCUGGGGCACAUGGUAAAAUCUGGUGACCUAGAGUUUAUAGAGCUCAGUGGAGGAAUAGUUUUGAGUACUGAAGCUUUAAAGAGACUUGUUGGUGUUUUAGGUGAUUCUUCGAAAUGCCCUGAGCAAGGUCGCAUGAUUUGGAAGCUGCCUGAGGACAAGGAGCUGGCUGUGUGUCUGAAAUACACUGGGGUGUUUGCAGAAAAUGCUGAAGACACAGAAGGAAAAGACAUUUUUAACACAAAGUCUGUGAAUACUCUUAUUAACGAAGCGAUGGCUGAAACACCUCAGGAGGUUGCAGAAAGCUGCUGCUCUGAUGUGGCUGUAACAUUCAAUGGACACUCUCCAAAUAAUAUGCAUGUCAUGAUGUUUGGAGUUUACAGACUUCGUCCCUUUGGACACAAAUUCCAUGAUUCCUUAGUGUUUCUGCCUCCAAAAGAUUCAGAUAAUGACUGAGUCUACCUCACCAAAGGGGAUGCCUUUCACUAGGAGAAAUGCAAAAAAUAAAACGAUGUGUACUAAACUGUCAGGCAGCUGAAGGAGUAUUUCAUUAGAAUCUUUUGCUUUUUUCUGGCUAUCCUUUUUGGUAGGGAUGGGCAAUUUCUGAUAUGAAGACAAUUUUCUUUUUCUUUAUGGGAUAGCAGGAGUGAAACCACAUGAUUUUUCCCAUAGUUCAUAAGUGUUUAUAUAAAAAAAAAAAGCAUGCACAAGUUGCUUCAACACACUUUAAUUUUUAACAUAUUGCUAUCACAGUAAAAGGUUCACCUGUUUGCAUACUCUUGGGAAAGAAAGGAGAUAAAUGAAAACAUAUUUUGGGACACUUCUUGGAGUGCAUCAGAUUCAUUUACUGAGGGCUAAGAUCUGUCUAAGUGACCAGGAGAAUGAAAAUGGAUAAUUGAAGAUGGCAGUUUUAGAUUUGUCUUUUGUCUUUUUUUAUUGUUUUUCCCAAUUCUAAACUAGGUUAUCAAUUGUCUUGAAACUUACUCUGAUGCUUUAGCAGGAUAAGGUUAGUUAAGUAUGGUUGUCUUUUUGUUUUGUGUCCACCUGCACUUGAUGGGUAGAUUCUUUUCAAAACUUGCAUUUUUGUUUUAUGCUGGCAGAUUCAUGAACAAGCAGGAUGUACAACUCUUGUGUUUUAAUGGCAAAGCUCUCUUACUUCUCUUGAUUGAUGUGAACCAUCCAAGAAAUUUGAAGCUUAAAAGAUUUGCGAAGCAUAAUGACUUCUGAGAUGUCAGAUUUUUGCUCCCAGUAUCACAUCUGAUGCUCUGUUUUUGCAAUAACACUCAGGAAUGAACAGUAGAAUAAGUCUUUACACACAACCUGAAGUGGCAUCCAAACGUGAGUAUGCCUGUUCCUGUGUAGUAGGGCAUAGAUAAUUUCCCUGAUCUGCAUUACCAGUGACAUCAGAAAGCUUUAUGGGCAGAAAAUUGUGGAACAAAAUAAUCCGUGUUUUUAGCGUAGCUAAUUUGAUGUGCAACUGCAGUCUUAUUUGACUAAAAAACGGAAAGCCUUGGUUUACAGCAGAGUUCAAUUUGAUUAAACUUAACACUUUAUUGACACCCGUUUCUGUUACAAAUGGUGAGUUUUGUUUUUUUAUGUUUUGGAAAAUUUGUUUAAAGCCACUCUGUUUAGUUUAGCACAAUUGAAGACUAUCUAGAGUAGUUCAUAUUUAUUAUUACAUCUACAUUCUUAUUUACAGUUUUGUUUUAUUUUUUUGAUGCCACUAAGGUCAUUUCUUACCUCUCAAAAUGACUUAUGAAACUGAGGCUGAUAAGACUGAUCAUUUAUACAUAUUGUAAAAAGAGUCUGUUGACUGUGGGGGUGACUGUUAAGACUAAAUAUUUUUCAUCUCUGUACUGUCCUGCUGUACUGCAUACACUAAAUUACCUUGGAGCUUUAAAGAAUACAGCAUAACUUUAUACAGGCGGGUGUGCCACUGUGGUUGCUUUCGGUCUUUUACAGAAAAUGAAUUAACACAUAAGUGCUUUUCAUAAAUUGACUGCCUACACACAUUUCUUGAAAUCAGUCAAUAAUCAAAUAAUUGAUAUAAAUUACUCCUUCAGAAUAAGAAUGGCAGUCAUCAAAGGGGAGAAACAUUUUUGAACGUUUUGUUUUUUAAUUUGGUCUUCCCUUCAGGUUCUGCUACUUGCGUUUAUAUUUAUUAAUUAAUAUACAUUGUGCUAUAAAGAUGAAUGGUUGAGUAAAUACUGAAAGGAGGAAAUGACCAAAAUAUAUAUAUAUAUACUUGAUUACAAAUUAUUGUGUUAAUGAUUUUUGAUAUUCAUCUGUAUUCUCAUGUAUGUUUAAAAUUUCAUUGCUUAAUAUUAUUUGCAAAGAAAUGGAUAUGUGGAAAGUUUUCUUCAGAAUUUGAGUAAAAAGAAGUUAAUAUUUUUAUAUGGUUAUAUAAAAAAGGGAGUUUUUUUUUCUUAACUUUAGAGAUUACUCCGAAGGUGUUUCAAAUACAGUUAUGUAGCUGGCUACACAAACUUGCCCCUUUUUUGGUUACGUUUUUGCAUUUUCUUAUACUGUCCUUUUGAAGUAUACACAGAUCUACCAAAAAGAAGUACUGACAGUAUGUAAUAGGUCUUUAAAGUGUAUUAAAAACAUUUUUGAUCUUUUCCAGUGUAGUUAAUUUGAUAUGCAUGCUACAGUAAGAAUUAUCCACCUUCACAUAUCUUCUAUGAGAGUAAUAAGGUUUUGUUUUGGUUUUUCUGUUUUUAUUUUACGGAUGUUAUGCCCUGCAAGCUCUGGCUUUCAUGUGGCAGCAAACAUGCCAAUCUGCACAGAAGCAGUUAUUAUGGGGAUCCUCUAAAGGUAAAGACCCUUUUUUUGGGUCAAGUGGAGAUUUUACUUUAGUAUAGUAGGAUUACCAUAAAUUAAAUACGUAGCACAGAUCACACUGUGAAGCUUCAGGUGGUUUUGGAAGAAGUGGAAAGUGAAAUAUUUUUAUAGUUUCUGCAAAAAUCUUAAACUGGUUGAACUGAUAAUUGUUUUUUGUUUUAAAGCUUAAAUUAUUGGGAAACAAAGAAUUAAGUGUAACUUACUGUACAUGUUGCAAUUUAAAAUGGACUUCAUAUUAAAAUAUUUCUUUGGUACAA